GGUCCUUUGUGUUUGGCAUGAGGCCAAGCAACGGUAGCGUUCUUUAAUUUCCCUUAUGUACAGACUUUGGGUUUGCGUUUCAUAGUAGUAAGCAUUGGGUAAGGAUUUCAGUGAACUGUGGUGAUUUAAGUAUGGCGUCUGAUGAUCAUGAGCGUGGCACUGUGUGCGUGACCGGUGCAGCUGGUUUCGUUGGGUCUUGGCUCGUCAGGAACCUCCUCCACCGGGGCUACAGCGUCAACGCUACAGCGCGUGAUCCUGGCAAUAUAAACAAGGUGAAGCAUUUGCUAGACUUGCCCCAUGCUGACACACGCUUGAAGUUAUGGAAGGCAGAUCUUGUGGAUGAAGGGAGCUUUGAUGGAGCCAUCCAAGGUUGCAUUGGAGUGUUUCAUGUUGCCACUCCCACGGCUUUUGAAUCCAAAGAUACCGAGGAUAAGGUGAUAAAGCAGGCAGAGAAUGGGAUACUGAACAUCUUGAGGUCAUGUCUCAAGGCGAAGACGGUUCGGAGGGUAGUAUAUACUUCAUCUAUUGCUGCUGUUUGUGCUGUUAGACAAGAGAGGCAGCCGCCGGUAUACGAUGAGAGCUCAUGGAGUGACUUGGAAUUUAUUAGGCAAGAAAAGAUGAUUCCAUGGUACUUUAUGUCCAAGACAUUGUCAGAGAAAGGAGCAUUGGAAUUUGCAGAGCAGAACAGCAUAGACCUAGUCACCAUUAUACCAUCUCUUGUGGUUGGGAAGUUUUUAACUCCUUGGAUGCCGCCUAGCAUGAUAACAGCUCUUGCACUAAUCACUGGAUAUGAAGCUCAUUACCCACUUAUGAUGCAAGUUAGACUUGUGCACUUGGACGACCUUUGCAAUGCUCAUAUCUACUUGUUUGAGCACACUAAAGCAAAGGGAAGAUACAUUUGCUCUUCUUAUCACACCAACAUCAUUGAACUUGCAAAAUGGUUAAGAGAGAGAUUCCUAGAGUACCACGUCCCAACUGAGUUCAACUACGAAGAAGAAAGCUUGAAAGUGGUUCCUUUUUCGUCUAGAAAGCUUACAGAGCUUGGAUUUGAGUUCAAGUACAGCUUAGAAGACAUGUACUUGGGAGCCAUUGAAUCAGCUAGGGAGAAGGGUUUGAUUCCCCUUUCUAAUCCAACCCCACUCAUUGACAAGAGCUCGAAAUCUGAGGAAGCUGAAAAAAACCAAUGAAACCCAAGAAGAGAAAUUAAACAUUAAUGAGGGAAGGGAGCUCCAUGAUGUUUGUAUAACCUAUGCUUUGAUAUAUAUAUAUAUAUAUAUACAACAAAUACUGGGUAUGGGAGGUACUCUCUUAAAUAUGGGGGUAUGGUCAAUGCUUUUCGAUUGUUCGAUGAAAUGCCUGAAAUAGAUGUUGCUACUGUUUUAGAAGAUACACUUGGGCCAUCGGCUGUAAUUUUGGAGUGAAUGAAGUUGGAAGCCUUGGAACCGAGUCAUUCACUUGGAAUGCCAUGAUAGCUGGUUAGGUUCAGAAUGGUGACUGCCGGCAAGUGGUGGGUAUAAUAAAAGCUGAAUGUGUCUUGUGGGCUCACAGGCUCAAUGGUAGGGUGAUGAUGACAACACUAAAGAACAAAACCACUUCACAUCUAUUGUCUCACGGGUUCAAUAGUUGUCAUGGUAUUUUGUAUUCCUAUAUAUGAUAACCCCUAUAUAGGACAUAGGGAGGAAAUGAUCAUCCCUUGGCUUAUCUUAUAGCCAUGCCUUCAUCAGUUUUAUUAUUAUUGUAUUAUUAGCAAUACUUGCAUUGUUGCUGCUUUUACCCUACAUAAAAUGCUGAUGAUGAUCAGAUUGGAUCUGCAUAAA